UUGUAUACAUAUUUAGGGUUCGUCACCGUCAUCGCUGCACCAUGGAUUUGAUUUCGUGGGUGAAGGCGGAGCUCCCUGUCCGGAUGGAGCACUUGUGCAUUAGAAUUGGGGAUGACGAGCGAACUGGGCUCGUCGUCCUCGACGAAGUCAACGGAUUCUGCACCGUUGGUCACGGAAAUCUGGCUCCUCGGGCCCCAGAUGCUCAAGUGGAGCGCAUGGUCGACGAGACCGUGAGGAUCGCCAGAGAAUUUCGAUCCAGGCACUUGCCUGUUCUCGCGUUUCUGGAUUGCCACGACCCAAACAAGCCGGAGAAUCCGUAUCCCCCGCAUUGCCUUGUGGGCUCUGGAGAGGAAGAACUCGUCCCAGACCUUAAGUGGUUCGAGGACGAUGACGAGGUUGUGCUCGUGCGAAAGGAUUGCAUUAAUGGAUUUGUGGGAGCGAUGAGACCAGAUGGAUCCAACACGGUCGUGGACUGGAUCAACGCAAACAAGAUUCAACGGAUCUUGGUGGUGGGGGUUUGCACGGACAUUUGUGUGCUAGAUUUCGUGGCGACGAUGACCUCGGUCAGGAACCACGGGAUCUCGCCACCGCUGGAAGAAAUCGUGGUCUACGCUCAAGGAUGCUCCACCUAUGAUUUGCCUCUGGCAGUUGCGAAGGAAAUUGGCGCUGUGGCGCAUCCACAAGAUCUCGCGCACCAUAUGGGAUUAUAUCUCACUGCCGCACGCGGGGCGAAGAUCGUCGACAGCGUCCAGUUCGCGGCAGAGAUCCAUCCAAAUGGCGUCAAGAAGGUGUAAAGCCGUUUUUUUUCCAGCUAUUCCAACCCUCCUAGUCUAGACAGUAUUCACUCACACCUACAACUUGCAAAGGAAGUUCUUGCAUUGUUGAAAUUUUUCACUUCCCUCAGUUGAUAAAUGGAUAUUGAAAAGCAUAGUGUUGUAAGU